GGCUGCGGGGGCGGACCCUGCCGCUUCUCCGCACGCCGGUUCCGGUCUCGCGGCGGGCGCGGGUGUUUUCAGGCCUCAGCGACCCGCGGUGCCCGGGAGCAUCAUGGCCGCGGCCGCGUGGAUGCCGGCGGUUUCUCGAUUGCUAGGUGCUUUCAAAAGCCAAAAACAGGUGACCAGAAGUUUUAGUAGUGCUGUACAAACAGUAACUUUAAUCCCAGGAGAUGGCAUAGGACCUGAGAUUUCUACUGCUGUCAUGAAGAUCUUUGAUGCUGCCAAAACUCCUAUUCAGUGGGAAGAAAGGAAUGUUACAGCUAUCCAAGGACCAGGAGGGAAGUGGAUGAUUCCUCCAGAUGCCAAAGAAUCCAUGGAUAAAAACAAAAUGGGAUUAAAAGGGCCUUUAAAGACCCCAAUUGCUGCAGGCCACCCAUCCAUGAACCUGCUCCUGCGUAGAACCUUCGACCUUUAUGCAAAUGUCCGUCCCUGUGUCUCAAUCGAAGGGUACAAAACCCCAUACACAGAUGUGAACAUUGUCACAAUUCGAGAGAACACAGAAGGUGAAUACAGUGGAAUUGAGCACGUGAUUGUUGAUGGUGUUGUGCAAAGUAUCAAGCUGAUCACAGAAGAAGCCAGCAAGCGUAUUGCAGAAUUUGCUUUUGAGUAUGCCAGAAACAACCACAGAAGCCAUGUUACUGCUGUGCACAAAGCAAACAUUAUGAGAAUGUCUGAUGGGCUUUUCUUGAGAAAAUGCAGGGAAGCAGCAGAAAACUGUAAAGAUAUUAAAUUUAAUGAAAUGUACCUGGAUACUGUGUGUCUGAAUAUGGUUCAAGAUCCAUCGCAGUUUGAUGUGCUUGUUAUGCCAAACUUGUACGGUGACAUCCUCAGUGACUUGUGUGCUGGACUGAUUGGGGGUCUUGGAGUAACACCAAGUGGCAAUAUUGGUGCUAAUGGAGUUGCCAUUUUUGAAUCGGUUCAUGGAACAGCGCCAGACAUUGCAGGAAAAGACAUGGCAAAUCCAACUGCCCUUCUGUUGAGUGCUGUGAUGAUGUUGCGUCACAUGGGACUACACAAGUAUGCUGCAAAAAUUGAGACAGCUUGCUUUGAAACAAUUAAAGAUGGAAAGGUCUUGACAAAAGACUUGGGAGGUAAUGCCAAGUGUUCGGAAUUCACAGAGGAGAUCUGCCGCAGAGUAAAGGACAAAGACUAAAUAUUUUCUCAUACUACCUGUAAUAACUCCAACAGGACACAGCACACAAAGUACAUUAUAUAUGAUAUGUAUACACGUACAGUUUGCUUGUCUUGAGAGCAAACUUUUUAGUUAGGGCCUCUCCAUUAAUAAAGUCAGUCCAAAUGGCUAUGAAUGA